ACUGGUAGUCGUGCCCCAGCACUUCAAAGCAGCAGACGUGUGUGCAGCAAGCAGCAAGCAGCAAAGCAUAAACGAAGUCAACAACAACAACAACUUGAACUCAAACUUAAACUUAAACUCAACUUAACGUAGCUCAAGUCAGGUCAAGUUAAGAGUGUUGCGCCAGCCAAAGAGAGUGUGCAAAGAGAGUGCGUUAAGUAAACAAUUUCAGUCAAAUAAUGUAUCCAGUUCACACCGCUGUCCAAAUGCUGCGUCUGCGCAGCGCUGCAACCACAUUGAAUGUUGCUGCAGCUCGUGCCAUUUCCACGAACCGCCGACAGCGCAACACGGCGAGCGUUGAACGCGCCCAAAGCAUCGGCGAUCGCGAUAAGUUUCUGCAUUAUAAUGCCGAGGAUGGUUAUUAUAAGACAUCCCCAUUUGAUCCCAUUAAGGUGCCCAAUGUCCCGUUGCACGAGUACGUCUGGCGCGACUUCAAAAAGUGGGAAAACUCCACGGCUGCGGUCUGUGUGGUCACGGAUCGUCAAUAUACAUUCGCCCAAAUGCGAGAUUCGAGUGCCGCCUUUGCAGUUCGCUUGCAGACAAAGUUUAAGCUGGAAAAGCCUGAUGUUCUGGCUAUUUGUCUGCCCAAUAUACCAGAGUAUCCCAUUGCCUGCCUGGGCGGCAUUGAGGCUGGACUGGCUGUAACCACAAUCAACCCCAUCUAUACGCCAGAUGAGAUUGCACGCCAGUUGAUGUUCAGUGAUGCCAAGUUCCUAGUGGGCAGUGCCCAGGGCUAUGGAACAUUGCGAGAGGCGUGUCAGCUGGCGGGAAAACAGAUUCCCAUUGCGGUGGUGCGCUGUACGGCAGGUGAAUCGUUGCCGGCGGGUGCCAUCGACUUCUUUGAGGUGAUGAGCACGGAGAAUGUGCGCUACGAUGAGCUGAGGACUCCCAAAGAUGCCACUCCCAAUGAUAUGGUGUUUCUGCCCUUCUCUUCGGGCACCACGGGAAUGCCCAAGGGUGUCGUCCUCUCCCACAACAACGUCAGCAGCAACUGCGAACAGGUGCAGGCGGCCCUGCACAUUGAUUCACUGGUGAGCCAGGAUACCCUGCCAGCGGUAUUGCCAUUCUUUCACAUCUAUGGCCUUACCGUGGUCAUGCUCUCGAAACUGGGACAAGGCGCUCGUCUGGCCACGAUGCCCGCCUUUAAGCCAGAUGACUUUAUCAAAUCGUUGGACACGUACAAGGGCAGCAUUCUCAACUUGGUACCGCCAAUAGCUCUUUUCAUGAUCAACAAUCCGAAGGUGACGCCGGAAGUCGCCAGCUCCCUGCGCGUUGUCAUGUCCGGUGCUGCUCCAAUUGGCGAACGUGACGUCGAACGCUUUCUUCAGAAGUUCCCCAAGGUGCGUUUCAUGCAGGGUUACGGCAUGACGGAGGCAUCUCCGGUGAUUUUGAUGACGCCGGAGGGUAACACACGCUACGCUUCGACGGGCGUGUCGCCGGGCAGUACCGAGUGCAAGAUUGUGCCACUGAGUGGGGACGAUUCAAAGGGCGUGGGUCCACGCACCACUGGGGAACUGUGUGUGCGAGGACCUCAAGUAAUGUCCGGUUAUCUGAACAAUAAGGAGGCCAAUGAGUUGACCUUCUAUCCGGGCAAUUGGUUGCGCACCGGCGAUGUGGCAUUCUACGAUGAGGAUGGCUAUUUCUAUAUCACGGACCGCAUGAAGGAGCUGAUCAAGGUGAAGGGCUUCCAAGUGCCACCCGCCGAACUGGAGGCGGUACUGCGCGAUCAUCCCAAGAUCCUUGAGGCCGCCGUCUUUGGAAUACCACACGAGCUCAACGGGGAAGCACCGCGGGCUAUCGUCGUUUUGCGUCAGAACGAGAAGGCGACUGCCGAGGAGAUUUCCAAUUAUGUGGCAGGGCGUGUGGCACACUACAAAAAACUCGAGGGGGGUGUCGUGUUUGUUGAUGAGGUGCCCAAGAACCCAACGGGCAAAAUAUUGCGCAAGGAUCUCAAAGAAAAGUAUUCGGACUGAGCCAUCCAACUCCCAAUGUAUCUUGUAUCUGCUAGAUACCUUUUGAAGUUUUCCAAAGCAGAUACGUUGAUUUUGUUAUUUUUUUAACGUUCUUUUUAACUAGAGCCCAAUCAUAUUAUUUAAUACCAAGCCAAUGUUUUGGCGUUCUAAACAUUGCAUUUAGACAAGUAGCCCUCUGGGGCUACUCUGUAGAGAGUAGCGAGUAAUCCCUAACGAAUAGCAGAUAGAGAGUAACGAGAUACGGAAAUCUUUAGUCCUAGACGUAAUUGUCAUUGGAGUGGUCCAUAGUUUUUAAGUUGUCAUAGGGCUAAUUAGGACUUGUUGCUUAGGUUGUAUCUGCACAGUGUGUACUCGAUUGUAACACCUGGAUCUGCAUAUACAAUUUAAAACAAACAUAUAUCAUAUAUUUGUCCAAGGACCGGACAUAAUCAUAAGCAAAAAGACGAACAAUAUAAAAUAAAUCUAUAUAAUUUUUUUUUUUUUUUUUUUUGCAGUUGCUAU